AUGGUCAUGGAUGCCUUCAAGGAUCCCGAGCGCAGCAAGCUGAGCGUGGAGAAAAUGUUCAACUUUCUGACGGAGGCGAUGACCAUUCACGGCAAGAAGUUGGUGCACGCUCCCAUGCCAGAUCUUUCCAAAUUGGGAGGAGAAUCCGUAUCUACUCAAGUUCCACUGGAAGCAAUUGUGAUCGCGAAGCCUGAUGAUGGGCUCCCAUGCAUUGCAGAUUUCCAGACGACCUGCCUUUCCUUCAUAUUCAAUGGAUCACGGCUCUACCGAGAGCCGAUCGACUUGUAUGUGAUUCCAUCUCAUGACAGUGAACCACCAAAGCUUGGGGUGAAGAAGGGGACAUCUUGCCUGUUGCUGCUGUUGAUUGCAAGUGAUCUGGAUCCUAUCAGCGCUAAGGAGCUUUGUGUUGCCGCGCAAGACCUGGUGCUGCCUUUGUUACACUCCUUUGAAGGGAUCUUCAACCUUCCAGUCUGCAUCAGUGCAGCCACUGAUCAUGAGCAGCUCUCAUUUGAAAGCAUUCAAUUGUCAACACAGGGUGCCGAGCGACAACGAAAAGACAUCAUGAAACUCAGCCUCAGGUUUGAAAUCUUGCUUAAAGAGCAGCGCUGUCUUCCAGAAAAUGAUGGGCUCAAUGAUGGAGAGCUUCUGAAGCAAAUUGUGGAUCGUUACAACUCCUACAGAGCAAAUACCGCUAUAAAGCGGUGGCAGCUGUCCGGAGACCAGUUGCAAGCGAUCUCGAAUAUAGUGACAGGGAUGUGUCAAGAUGCACGUGACCUGAUCCGUGUGCACUUGGACUUUGAAAAGUGGGAGGAGUCCGGCUACAAUGAGUCAUUGCUUCGUUCAAGACGACAUCGGUUGAAUGAGUCACCAAAGAACGUUUCAGCAGAUUGGCAGCGGAUUUUGACGGUUUCAGAGGACUCCCAGAUUAUGGCCUUUACUGUUUACAAUUAUUGGUGGGGGCUCAAUGCAAGAAAGGUGAAGCGCACGAUGAGGAACAGACUCAGAUGGAGCGAAGAGGUCUGGAAUCGUCAUAUUGACAGGUGUUGCGUUGUGACAUGGGCGCUCGAUGCUUGCAAACCCAAUCCAGAUAUACCCUGGCUGCAAAGCAACUUCCUGGAUCCAAGGGACUACAACCAAGAUUUGGACGCCCUUCUCCUUGGAAAACCGAAGUUGACACCGGAAAUGACAUCUAUGUGGCAGGAUUGUGUCGGCAAACAAAUCCUCAAGAAGUCCGCCACUGCUGCCAGUAAAGAUAUGAGCACAGAAGUUGAGGACGCAGAGGAACGGCUCCGAAAUGCUGAAUAUGAUGUGUGCAUUACCAGUUUGGCGUCCGACUACAAAGAAGCUGUGAACUUCAACCUGAAGCGCACCAAGGCUCUAGGAGCCUUCCAGCGCCGUGUGAUGUCGGAUGCUGCGCAGAAAUUCGAAGGAGCAGACAUCAGUAAGUUGCACAACUUGGGUUUUGUCGACGUGACCAAGUUUGGGCGAUUGUCUGCAGUGGAGAUUGACGAGGUGGCACUUGAUGUGAUGCUGGAGCUUCAGGAGAGCGCCUACUUGGACUGGAAGAAUGCCCGUGGUCACAUGGCUAACACGACGCCCAAAUUUGGUGCUGAGCCAGAUGUCACAGAGAUCACAACACCAACAAGGCCAACCUUGAAGUUGCGCGCAAUGUCAGCUGACGGGCACUUGCAAAUCCCAGAAGCUGUUCGCAAGAAGUGGCUGGCAGAUCCGAUUCACAGCAUCUUGGCCUUGAUGUUUGUGGAUUUGGGGAAACCUGCAGUGGAGAAUGCGACAGCGACUGAAGUGGAGGAUGCGCCACCAAAAAUGACUGCCGAAGAGUUCAAGCAGAAAUUCCCAGAGAUCAAGAUCAGUGUCACCUUAAAUAUGGGACAGAAUGUUGUUCUUCAUUGUGUCGAGGGUGGCCAGCUGUUCUUGACCACAGCAGCGAAAUUCCGACUGGUUGGCGUGAAUGCCAACAACCCGAAACCGCUGCUGUGCUAUGCUGGAGGAACAUGGAUCUCAGACAACGCCAAGGCGAAGGAUUACUUGAGCAAGCCGACCAAUGAAGACAAGGUAGUCCUCGAGGAACAAGCUCAAGGCCAACCUGCGCAGGAUUCGGCGCCAACAACCUUGUUCAACUUGAUGUUGACCCUCGAGAAGCGCGGCAUUUUGGAUUUUGCAGUGACUGGCCACAAGGUCCAGAGGCUGUGCCAGUUCAACGUGUUGCGCGACCUCUUGGACAAGGAUGCAGUGAUGGAUGUGGUGCCAGCGACUCCAAUUGCAGAACCUGACAAUUUUGUGGAAUCUGGCAACGCAAAAGCUGAUGCGCCUCCAAACCUUCAGCAGAAACGUGCACGCCAGCCUCAUGUUGGGUUACCAGUGCAUUUGGAAAAGGAAGCUGCCGUUGAUGACAAGCAUGCAGAUGAUGCAAAUGUCUCGGAGGAGAAUGCACAUUCACUUGCAUUCAUUGGCAGUUUGUUUGCUUUCCUGCAGUGA